CAACAGCUUGGAAAAAAUUUUGAACAUUGCGACCGUUAUCUGAUAUUACCAAAAUAGUUUUAAAGGCCUAGCAAUAAAGCAUACACGACUAAAAACAAUCUUCUUUUUAUCGUCGCUUAUCGUUAAUUCUUUACAAUGCAAUAUAAGAUAACCAAUCAAGAAUAUUCACAAUUACUUUUUUCAAUUCCCGACUACUGUGUCUUUGGAGCGCUAUUGUUGUUCUCUACGGGAAUCGGUGUCUAUUUCGGCUACAUAAGGAAGAAACCGGUUAAGCCAAGCAAUGAUGGGGAACCCAAGGACCAUAACGCACCGGACUUUGGUUCUAAAGGAAUGAGUGAAUAUAUGCUGGGAUCCAGACAAAUGAAAUUAUUUCCAGUGGCAAUGAGCCUUGUUGCUAGCUUUAUUUCUGGCGGAGCUAUGCUGGGCACACCAUCGGAAGUCUACAAUUAUGGAACUCAAUAUUGGUUAAUCGUUAUAUCGAUACUUUUCAUGGCAAUAGUGGUGUCAAAAGUCUAUAUGCCGGUUUUUUGCGCAUUAAGAGUCAGUUCUUCUUAUGAGUAUUUGGAAACUCGUUUCGGUGCGAGCGUUCGAACUAUUGCUGCUGUUUUGUUUAUUGUGAAAAUGACAGUUUACAUGCCAAUAGUUGUAUAUGUGCCAGCAUUAGCAUUUAAUCAAGUCACUGGAAUUAAUGUUUACAUAACUAGCAGUGUCGUCAGUUUUAUUGUCGUGAUCUACACAAUAUUGGGAGGUAUUAAGGCUGUGGUUCAAACUGAUAUAUGGCAAACAUUUGUUAUGUUUAUUGGGAUAAUAGUUGUCGUCAUACUUGGAGUGAUAUAUGCAGGUGGAUUUGGACCAGUAUUUCAGCACGCUGCUGAAGGCGGACGCAUCAUUUUUGCUAAUAUAACCCCAUCAUUAUAUGAGAGACAGUCAUUUUGGGCUGUAUUGAGUGGUGGCUUUUUCUAUUGGACCAGCUAUAAUAGUGUAAGUCAGGCUAUGGUUCAACGUUACAUGUCCCUGCCGACUUUGAAGAAAGCACAGCAAUCGAUGGCCAUCUUUGCGAUCAGUGCUAUAAUAUUCAUUUCGUUUUGUUGUUUUGCCGGUUUAUUGAUAUUUGAUUACUAUCGAAACUGUGAUCCAUUAAGCAUUGGACUCAUUUCGAAUUCCGAUCAGUUAUUACCGAUCUAUGUAAUGCAAACUGUCGGUCAUCUACGAGGCAUACCGGGUAUCUUUAUAGCUGGCGUCUUUGGCGCAGGCUUAAGUUCUUUAUCGUUAGGAUUUAAUUGUACUUCUUUGGUGAUCUUUGAGGAUAUUGUACGUGGCAGUUUUGGGAUUAAAUUGAGCGAACGUGCUUCAAAAAUACUUGUCAACUUCGUAAUAGUUAUCCAUGGUGUAAUUUCGGUUGCGUUAAUUUUUGUACUCGAAAAGUUAGAUGGCAUUUUGAGUGUGCUGACUUCGCUGGUGGCCAUUGAAUGCAGUACCACGUGUGGUGUAUUCACACUCGGCAUGUUGGUACCAUGGAGCACAAAGAAAGGUGCUUUAGCUGGCGCUGCUGCAGGCGUAAUUAUGUCUGGUUGGGUGUCUUUUGGCACACAAGCAGCAAUAGCAAGCGGUCAACUUGGUUCGCAUAAGUUGGAAGUUUUCGUAUCGGAGUGUCCCGCUAAUUCCACAAUAACGGUACCCGGUUAUGUUGAUGACUCGGACGUAUUUCCUUUAUAUCGUUUAUCGUAUCAUUGGAUACCUGUGAUUGGUGUUUUAUCAACAUUGCUAGUUGGCACUGUCACAUCAUUUCUCUGCGGACCAAGGGACUUGAAAACGUUAGACGCAGUUGUAAUAUCACCUGUAAUCCAUAGAUUUUUACCGAAAGAAUGUUUCAAUGCUACACCUAAUGCAAGCCCUACUUUAUCCCGAGGUAAAUCUGAGCGAAUAUCAUCUGACCUUUCGAAUAAGUCCAAACACCCGAGUGCUACGGAGAAAUACUAAA